GCACCCUUCAGUGCCCACACUACCUCCAAGCAGCUCUAAAACAGGCAGGAAAAGCCAGGAUAUGCUUGGUGAUACAAGAAAGCAAGGAAUUAAAUUAGGUGGGAUUUAAAAAGGCACCUCCUAAGGAAGUGUUGGAAGCUUUUCAGAAGCUGUUCUAUGUUCUUUAAAGCCUCUACCAGGAAAAGGAGGUGUUGGGGACAUAAAAUCUUACAGUUCUUACACAACAUUAGAUCUCCAAACACAGAGGAGGCUCUACACUGCACAUUGUUCAGUAGAUUGGUAAAGAAAACUCCAGCAGCAUGAAGGAAUUCAUCUUCCUGGGCCUCUCAGAGAACCAAGAGGUGCAGAAAAUAUAUUUUGUGGUGUUCCUGAUUUUCUACAUUCUCACAGUGUCAGGAAAUCUCCUCAUAGUUCUCACUGUGACGAACAGCCAGCACCUGAACUCCCCCAUGUACUUCUUUCUCUGCCACCUGUCCUUUGUAGAUGUUUGUUACUCCUCUGUCACAGCUCCCCAAAUGAUUUCUGGCUUCCUGGUGGAAAAUAACACCAUUUCCUUUGCAGGCUGCAUAGGGCAACUCUUUGGGCUUCAUUUUUUUGGCUGCACAGAGACUUUCAUCCUGACAGCCAUGGCCUAUGACCGCUACGUGGCCAUCUGCCGGCCCCUGCACUACCUGCUCAUGUCCCACCGCCUGUGCGGCCGUAUGGUGGGGGUCUCCUGGGCAGGGGGCUUCCUGCAUUCCACUCUCCAGACCCUGCCCACAGCCCUUCUCCCUUUCUGUGGCCCAAACAAAGUCCCCCACUACUUCUGUGAUGUCCGUCCCUUGCUCCACCUGGCCUGUGCCGACACACGUGCCGAGGGCCUGGCCACGGUGGCCAACAGCGGAGUCAUAUCCCUGAGCUGCCUCCUCAUCCUGGUCACAUCCUACGUGGUCAUCCUGCUUUCCCUGAGGGGCCAGACACUGGUGGGGUGGCACAAGGUCAUGUCCACGUGUGGGUCCCACAUCACUGUGGUGAUUCUGUUCCUUGGGCCCAGCACUUUUGUUUACAUCUGCCCGUCCAGUGACCUGUCCGAGGACAGGAGCGUGGCCUUGUUCUACACGCUCAUCCCACCCAUGCUCAACCCCCUCAUCUACACCCUCCGGAACAGGGAGGUGAAGGGAGUCAUGAGGAAACUGUGCAGGAGGAGAGUGGGAAGCAAAAAUGGGAAGGGGUAGGGCUGUGGUCAUGUUCCUAAAGGAUCAGAGAAAAUCAAGCAUGUUUUGCUAUAAUUUCUUCUGUGACAAUGCCCCAAAACAUGCCUUU